AAUGAUAUUCUAACUAUUAUAUUGAGCAAAGAGUAGCAAAUAAGUGAAAGCAAAAAAAAUCAAAUGGACCUGUGGAUCGACUGCCGAGAGGCGUUUUUAGAUUUUUGGAAUGAUUAUUUAGACGCAGUUUUAUUUAGUGGAUUUAUCGUAUCUAUGUUUGUAAUCAUUGAUUUUGGUGUCGAAUAUAUUCGUGCAAAAAUGCCUCCUAUAUGGCCAAGGGGAAAUGAUGGUGAGAAAGAGAAAGAACCUGUAAAAAAGAUAGGUGAUACUUUAGAUGAUGGGGGAGAAUUUGAUCUUAAAUUGAGUUGUGAUGAGGAUGAUGAAUAUGAUGCUCUACGUGAGCUGAAUAAGGGAGAUGAUGUAUGGUCGCCUUAUAAUCCUUGGUCGAAUAACUAACAUAAAAUAUUCAAAUUUUUGGAAGUCUAAAGAAGUUGCUUUGUGUUUA